CAAUUAGAAGGUUAGUGUUUAAAUAUAUGUAUGGAGUUUUGUGUGAUAAGCACUGCAGUUUAUUACCUGCACAGGGGAAAGGGGAGACACAACUGAACUCUAUGAUAAAGUCUGAACGGAGAAGGUUAUAAACAUGUUUUUGAUUCAUGCAGUUCUGCUGUUUUUGAGCUUAGAUUUUUCCAGGUAAGUAACAAUUUGAGAAUGUAUUUAUUAAUGCAUUGAUUGAAUGUUGGUUAAUGACAUAUUCACUGCAAUAACCGAAACUGUGAUAUCAAUUUUCUGGCACCCAGAUGUCUCUUGUGGGUUGUGUACAUGCUUUUAAUGAAUCUGUGUUAGAUUUUCAGAUAAAAGUACAUAUUUUACAUUGAGACAUGUAUGCACUAAACUAUGAAUUGUAACAUUAAACCCAAAAAGGCAACAUGCAUGCUAUAAUAGCCAAGUUGUAAUUCUAGCUGAGUGGGACAUGCUUUCGAAACCACAAAUUUUUGCCUAAAUUUUGUAAUUCAGUGUGUGUGUGUGUGUGUGUGUGUGUGUGUGUGUGUGUGUGUGUGUGUGUGUGUGUGUGUGUGUGUGUGUGUGUGUGUGUGUGUGUGUGUGUGUGUGUGUGUGUGUGUGUGUGUGUGUGUGUGUGUGUGUGUGAUAUUGAGGAAGACUAAAAGUGUACUUAAUUGAGUUUCAAAAAUGUUACUGAUAUCUUUGAUUGUAAGGUUUUACUUUUAUUGAGUAGUAAAUAUGUGUAUUGCGGAUAUUAAAGCUUUUUUUCGAAGUUGCUCAGAAAAGGCAGUGUUUAUAUUGAUCUGCAAAGACGUACCUCUAGUCAGGGCCGUUCUUUGGGGUAUGCUGCAGGUCAAUAUUACGCAAUAAUCAUGGUCGCCAGUAUCAGGUUGCUAGAGCUCUACCGUGUUCAUGUAUAUGUAUAAGUUCUGGCAGUGGUGGUGGGGUGGGGGUGACUUGAGACAGAGUCUGCUUUGCAGGAUAUCUUGACACCUUAUUGUUCAGGACUGAAUAUCUGCACUUUAAUGUCUCAGUAUAUUAGUUUGACAAUUAUUGUUUCCCACUUUAGUUUGGUUACUGCUGCCAUUUUUAAUAAUAAUACUUAUAUUGCACUUACAAGUUUAAUACCUGUUAGUAAAAAUUGUAUUUUCAUUAGUCUUUCUAAUGUCUUUGUUUUGUAAGGAUGGGAGAUUUUUAAUGGUGGGAGGUAUUGGAUGAGGGGGUAUGGCUAUGAAGGGACACAGUGAAUAUUUUGGCACAGAGUGCCCAGGGGCUUAAGGUCAGCUGUGAAACUAGUGGUAGUCACUGACACAGUCAAGAGUGGCACUCACUGCUACAGUCCUGCAAUCUUUGUAGGGCCAACGUUCUGCGCCUUAACACUUAGUAUGAAGACGCUGAAUUCUCCCCAUAUUGAUGCAUUGAGCUAAUAAGGAGAUUAUUGGCUUAUAUAUAAUAGCUUAUUGGCGAGGGCACAGCAAUUUACACACUUGCACAGUAGCCUAUAUGAAAGCGUUGGGUUGAAAGAGGUCAUGGUCACUGAUGAUCUCAGCUGGGGGUGGAAUGGCAGCCACAUUUUGGCAUUGACAAAGGUGAAACCCGAAAUGUCCUUCAAAUAUACUGUAUGUAGCACUCUCUAUGCAUAUUUGGCAUCUAGUUGUGCUGCCUUGGUUUUUUUAUAUUCUGUACUUAGCAUAAUGUUCAGAAAUAUAUGCAAACAAAUUUAAAUAUAAACACGUUUAAAGAGUAAAUGUGAGGUUCCUGUAUUUGCUGUAAUCCAACUUUUGCAAAGACUGGGAAGUAGCUAAAACACUGUCAGCCAAUCUGACAUUCUCAUUAUUAAAGGGACACUAUAGUCACCAGAACAGUUACAGCUUAUUGAAUUUGUUCUGGUGAGUAGAAUCAUUCCCUUCAGGCUUUUUGUAGUAAACACUGUUUUUUUAUCAGAGAAAAGGCAGUGUUUACAUUACAGCCUAGGAAUACCUCCACUAGCCACUCCUCAGAGAGCUACUAGAGGUGUUCCACCCUCUGCCUGGAGACACUGAGCUCUCCUCAUAGAGAUACAUUGAGUCAAUGCAUCUCUAUGAGGAGCUGCUAAUUGGCCAGGGUCGUGUUUGGCUUGUGCUCCUGAUCUGUCUUCUUGACAAGCUCAGCCAAUCCAAUGCUAUCUUAUGGGAAACUAUUGUGAUUGACUCAGAUUGGCUCAGGCCCACUGCUGAUGAUGUCAGCCAAGAAGGCAGAUCAUGAGCAGAGCCAGCAGCAGCAGACUGGAAUAGAGGUACAAUUUUACUGUAUUUAGGGGGGCAAUGUGGGUCAAGGGGGCUAUACAGUGUUUUUAACACUAUAGGGUCAGGAAUACAUGUUUGUGUUCCUGACCCUAUAGUGUUCCUUUACCAGUGUGAAUGCAUUAAAUGCAUAAUAAGCCCCUAAGAAAGCCCCGAGGGGGUGAUUAUCAUUAAGAAUCCCACUCCACACAUGGGAGAUGAGGGAGUUAACCUAAACCUCUGUAAAUAAAUUUGUUUCUGUGGUAGGUAAGGAACAGCAAAGGAACAUAAUAGAAUGUAAGCGUGGCUUUAUUUCUUUUAACUUUUAAAUACAAAAUACCAUAAUAUAUAUAUAUUGAUUUCUAUAUAAUUCACACUUUAUCAGUGCAUGUAUCCCACGAUGCUAUGUUCCUAGUAAAUAAAUAUAUACCGUAAAUGUUUCUAUCUUUACUAUUUCUUGUACUUUCAUCAUACAUUGUUUGUGUGUUUGUUUUUGUUUUGUUACAGAGGUGAGGAGUAUUUAAAGACCACCAAAUGGGAAAAAAGUAGGAAAGCAAGAUCAGUGCAGGAACCUCCUCAGCCGAUUGACUGUGAGUUGUCCAGUUGGUCUGGUUGGAGUGGUUGUGACCCCUGUGAGAAAAAAAGAGUAAGUACAGACAUGAAGUAUUUUACAGAAAUAGUUGUUUUUUUAUAUGUUCAGGUUUUAACACACUUUAACACAAAUAAAACUGUAUACAAACCAAUUUAGAGCUGGCAUUCUCUAGUGUAUCAUCAAACAAGAUUUAUCUGGCAUUCCAUACCCUACAAGUAAGCUAGACUUGACUUUCCCUGGUGACCUUCUCAGCAACUUAGAUGUUUAAGCAGAAUAGACAAGGCAUUCGUAGGUAACCAUUUAAACAGGUCCAUUUGUCUUCAUUUCAGUAGAGGACACCCAUUCCAACUCCCACCUCUUCCACUUACAUACCACCCAAAAUUCCACCCUGUGUGUUAAAUAAACAAUACAGUAAAAUAAGUGUGGGAUAAUUAAACAAGGAACUUCGCCAAGUUUGAUCUCAUUCACUAAAAACUAGAAGCAAGGGGGAGGCAAACUGGUAACCAUAAUAACAGUAAUCAAAUGGACCGCUAACAGAAUCUUCAUUAUUUUGUGUAUUUUACUUCUUUUUUCUGUAUAGUACAGAUAUGCUCAGCUAGUAAGACCCUCUCAAUUUAAUGGAGAGCCUUGCGGGACAAUUGACAAAGAAGAGGAGUCUUGCUCUACCAACAGUCCUUGCAGAAAUACCAAGCGAUGCGAAGGGUUUCAGUGUGUAGAAUCAGGUAUGGUAGAUCUGUUACUUUUUUUUUCAUAUUAAACAUCAGAAUUCACACCUAUCAUAGCUUAGACAGAUAUCUACAGUGCUCAUUUCAAUAUAUCUGCUCAUAGUGAGCAUAGUGUUAAGGCAUUGUUUUAACUUUCUUUAAUGAUCAGGUAACAGUGUAAUUGUGCAUAACAGUCCCAAUGGAAAUAUUAGUGUUAUUACCACUGUGCUGGGAUCACAGAUGCUUGUUAGACACUUGCCUGCAGCUAUUUGUUGGUGUUGAGAGUCAUUUGGCUGUGGCUUAAUGCUAGUUCCACCCAUUCUUGUCAACUGUCUUAAUGUUUGUCCCACCCACUCUUGUCUAUUGUCUUACCACUUUGAAAGCCAAUGGCAAUUGUAAACACUGAGUCCUCCUCAUUGAAGAUCACAUGGGAGACCACGUUGCUUGGCAAUGUAGCUCACCGUUCCUUUGCUGCUUGAGAUUUUGUUGAGUGUUUGUGUCUGUAUAUAUGUGUCUGCGUAUAUGUUUUACUCAUUUCUGGAUUUUUGGUUAAUUAACAUAAUAGCAAUUGAUGAAUAUAGCCUGUUAUUUUAAAAAUGUUGUGUUAUUUCUUUCUUACACCGCAAGGAAAAUGUAUUGUACGCAGACUACUAUGCAAUGGGGACGAUGACUGUGGCGAUCGGUCUGAUGAGAAAAACUGUAAGACAGUUCGAAAUCCUUGCACUGAUGAUAUGGAGCAGUACUGGGCCAUAGAAAACCUGGCAAGUGGGUAGGUAUCCUUCAAAGAAAAUACAUAAUUUAUCGACUGCAAAGCAGGGGUAAAACACAUGUACAUAGUGGGCACUGGAUAGCAAUAGCUAUCAACCAUAACCUCCUCGAAACAAACCCCCCACCCCCAAUGAAGAUAUACACCAAUCUUGGAUGAAACCGGCAACUGCAUUUAAUAAACAUAUAACUACGAUAUAACACUUGCUUCUUUUAUUAUAUACGUAUAAAUCUUUAUUACAUAUAACAAACAGCAAUACAUAACAAAUAAAUAACACAUAGAGUCAUACAGAAUAACCUUAAUUAAACUUUAUUAAACUUUAGCUAAACAUCCUCGCCAAACUCUAACCAACCAAAUACAUACGCUUAUCACCCCCCACAGGGUCUUCUCUUCCCCCUUCAUCCACCAAUUUCCUUUUAACCUUUCAAUGCCAACCACUAGGUGUCUUUUGGCUCAGUGGGCAAGUCCAAACCGGUCAAACUGUCUGUCAGUCAACUGCAGCUUUAAUGUGGAAAAAAGCAUCUUGAACCGUCUACCUCUAUGAGUUUAUAUAUGGCAAGUUACACUCUCAGAUGUAUCAAACUAUUCAAUUUAGAAUUUAUGUAAAAUUUUACAGUGAUAUUGCUUUGUGUCUUUUCCAGAAUUAAUUUGUUCACAAAUAACCAUGAAGGAUUGGUUUUGGACCACCGCUAUUUUGCUGGAGGCUGCUCUCCGCAUUAUAUUUUGGAUACAAGAUUUAGAAAGCCUUACAACGUUGAAAAUUACAUUCCACAAGUAAGUCAGUCUCAAUGGGUACCAAGCAAAAAUACUUCUGCUAGAAGUUUAUUCUUAUUGAAAAAAAGUUACCUGAAUGCAUUAACAUGCUUGUUAUCAUUAUUGUAAUGUAUGUCUAAAGACUAGAUGAUUUAUACUACUUCAACUGGUAGAAUCAUUUCUUUAUAAUUGCAAAUAUAAGGGUGAAUCACACUGAAAACUUCAUGGUUACGACAGAAUCAAUGGGGUAUAUUCCCAUUGUCAUAGCCAAGACUGGAAGCAAACCAUUAAUUUAACAAAGUUUUGAUUAGAAAAUUGGCUCACCUGAAAAAUUCUGUGAUGCAAGACGGAGCAAGGGAAAUUUAUGAGUGAUUCUUGAUAUUCAUCAAUUGCUAUUAUGUUAAUUAACCAAUAUAUUAAUAAUUAUUUUGGGUAAAUUCAGAAAUGAGUAAAUCAUUUAUCUUCCAUUAUACAAUGCUCUUACAACAGAUUAUUAAAAUACAUGUUUGCUUAUUUAGCUCUAUCACUAUUUAAUUUGUCUCCCAUGUUGGAAUUAGUGUAGAACCCACCAAUAUUGGGUUGGACUUAACACAAUAUGGCCACAUUGUGGAACUGAAUCCCACGAUUUGUUUGCCGGGAUAGGUGAUUUUAGGUAGCCUUAUAAAAUUUAAAAAUAUAUUUUUAUGUGUGCAUUGUUCCUUAAUUUAAUUCAGAACUUUUAACAGUAUUUGCUAUCCUUGGCUCACAAACACUCUAUCAAACUGUAAUCGAGUGAGGGUUCAUUAUCCUUUUAAAUAAUGUUAUUUAUGUUAGUAAUAUUUAGAGUAUGCAAAUUUUUGUGGCAGAUUUGUGGUAGACUAAUGAUGACCAAAGUUGAAAAAGUUUUGAUGUAUAAUUACCUAAAUUGUAAUUGUACAACUAUAGAUAACUAAAUUUCCAUUUUUCUCUAAUAAAUAUAAUAAAUAUAUUUAUUAUAUAUAUUAAAUAUAUGUUUUAUAUAUAUACAACUCAGUUCUCAACAAUAUUUAUGGAAUAGACCCCUGAAUCUUAUUAUAUUUAUUUUAUAUAUAUAUAUAUAUAUACAACUCAGUUCUUAACAAUAUUUAUGGAAUAAAUAUCUCUUACAACUAUAGGUUACUCUAUUUUGUUUUAAUAUAUAUUUAAAUAUAUAUCUUCUCUGUCUGUACUCUAAAUAAAUCCAUUAUUUUCCAGACUAAGGGAGAAUAUGAGUUUAAACUGUCUGAAUAUGAGUCCUAUUCAAAUUUUGAAAGAGAUUUCUUCAGUGCUCAUGCUCACCAAUCCAGUUUCAAAUUUGGACUAAUAAUCCCAGCCGUGAUUGAAAUUGGAUUCAGCUACAGUGACAUGAAUUUCAAAAAAACUGUUCAAAGGAUAAAGAAAUACUCCCACACUGUAAGUAUGCCAAGGAUAUCUUCCACCUUCAAAUCCCACACAUUGAUAUCACUGAAAAAAUAUAUUCAGCAAGGCUAAGCAGUGUAUAUCAGGCUACCAAUGAUCCUUCUCUAAGCAGUGUAUAUCAGGCUAUCGAUGAUCCUUCUCUAAGCAGUGUAUAUCAGGCUAUCGAUGAUCCUCCUCUAAGCAGUGUAUAUCAGGCUACCAAUGACCCUUCUCUAAGCAGUGUAUAUCAGGGUACCGAUGAUCCUCCUCUAAGCAGUGUAUAUCAGGCUACCGAUGACCCUUCUCUAAGCAGUGUAUAUCAGGCUACCGAUGACCCUUCUCUAAGCAGUGUAUAUCAGGCUACCGAUGAUCCUCCUCUAAGCAGUGUAUAUCAGGCUACCGAUAAUCCUCCUCUAAGCAGUGUAUAUCAGGCUACUGAUGACCCUUCUCUAAGCAGUGUAUAUCAGGCUACCGAUGACCCUUCUCUAAGCAGUGUAUAUCAGGCUACCGAUGACCCUUCUCUAAGCAGUGUAUAUCAGGCUACCGAUGAUCCUUCUCUAAGCAGUGUAUAUCAUGCUAUUGAUGAUCCUUCUCUAAGCAGUGUAUAUCAUGCUAUUGAUGAUAGCCAGGAGCACACAUAUUCUAAACUCCCUACUGAGAUUGUCUCUAAAACAAGUCAUUGUGGAGCCAACUUGUAAAGAGGCCAUACUAGAUUUAGUGUUAACAAAUGGAGAUUUGGUCUCAGAUAUUACUGUAGAUGAAAGUUUAGGAUCCAGUGAUCAUCAGUCAGUGUGGUUUAAUAUAAGAACAGUGACUGAGUCACACCACACAAAAACAAAAGUUUUAGACUUUAAAAAAAAACAGACUUUUCUAAAAUUAGAAUAUGUGUAAAGGAGUCAUCAGACUGGAGCAAUUUAAAUGGAGUCCAAGAGAAAUGGGAUUAUUUAAAAGUUGCACUGCUGAAGGCAACAGAAAAAUGCAUUAGGUUUGUCAGUAAAAGCAAAAAAUUCAAGAAAUCACUGUGGUUCUCCGCAGAUGUGGCCAAAAUAGUAAAAAACAAAAAGUUAGCAUUUAGUAAUUAUAAAAAAAAAACAGAGUGAGGAAGACAGAAUGAUCUAUAAGAUUAGGCAGAAAGAGGCUAAGCAAGUUAUAAGAGCUUCCAAAUCACACACAGAAGAGAAAAUAGCACAGUCAGUACAAAAAAAGGGGACAAAAUUUUUUUUAGAUACAUAAAUGAGAAAAGAAAAGUAAAACAAGGAUUAGUUAGAUUAAAAACAAAAGAAGGAAGGUAUGUAGAAGAGGAUAAAGGUCUAGCUGACUGCCUCAAUGAAUAUUUUUGUUCAGUAUUUACAGAUGAAAAUGAAGGAAAGGUACCUCAGGAAAAAGGACAAAUUAGUAAUUUAUUACAUGUGAGUUUACAGAGGAAGAGGUUCUAUUUCAACUGUCAAAAGUAAAGACAAAUAAGUCAAUGGGACCUGAUGGAAUACACCCAAAGCUAUUAAAAGAGCUUAGUGGUGUACUAGCAAAACCAUUAACAGACUUAUUUAACCAAUCAUUGUUAACAGGAGUAGUCCCAGAAGAUUGGAAGUUAGCGAAUGUUGUGCCCAUUUACAAGAAAGGUAAUAGGGAGGAGUCGGCAACUAUAGGCCAGUAAGCCUUACUUCAGUAGUGGGGAAAGUGAUGGAAACCAUGUUAAAGGAUAGGAUUGUUGAACAUCUAAAAACACAUGGAUUUCAAGAUCAGAGACAACAUGGGUUUACUUCAGGGAGAUCAUGCCAAACUAAUCUCAUUGAUUUUUUUGAUUGGGUAACUUAAAUAAUAGAUCAGGUUGGUGCAGUAGACAUUGCUUAUCAAUAAAUUGCAAUCUUUAAGUUUGGGUUCCAAUAUUGUUGAAUGGGUAAGGCAGUGGCUGAGUGACAGGCAACAGAGGGUUGUAGUCAAUGGAGUAUAUUCGAAUGGCUUGUCACCAGUGGGGUACCUCAGGGAUCUGUACUUGGACCCAUUCUCUUUAAUACUUUUAUUAGUGAUAUUGCAGAAGGUCUUGAUGGUAAGGUAUGUCUUUUUGCCGAUGAUACUAAGAUAUGUAACAGGGUUGAUGUUCCAGGAGGGAUAAGCCAAAUGGCAAAUGAUUUAGGUAAACUAGAAAAAUAGUCAAAGUUGUGGCAACUGACAUUUAAAGUGGAUAAGUGCAAGAUAAUGCAUCUUGGAGGUAAAAACCCAAGGGUACAGAAUAUUUGAUAGCGUCCUAACCUCAACAUCUGAGGAAAGGGAUUUAGGGGUGAUUAUUUCUGAUGACUUAAAGGUAGGCAGACAAUGUAAUAGAGCAGCAGGAAAUGCUAGCAGAAUGCUUGGUUGUAUAGGGAGAGGUAUUAGCAGUAGAAAGAGGGAAGUGCCCAUGCCAUUGUACAGAACACUGGUGAGACCUCACUUAGAGUAUUGCACACAGUACGGGAGACCGUAUCUUCAGAAGGAUAUUGAUACUUUAGAGAGAGUUCAGAGAAGGGCUACUAAACUGGUUCAUGGAUUGCCGGAUAAACCUUACCAAGAUAGGUUAAAGGAUCUUAACAUGUAUAGCUUGGAGGAAAGAGGAGACACGGGGUGUAUGAUAGAAACAUUUAAAUACAUAAAGGGAAUCAACACAGUUAAGGAGGAGACUAUAUUUAAAAGAAGAAAAACUACCACAACAAGAGGACAUAGUCUUAAAUUAGAGGGUCAAAGGUUUAAAAAUAAUAUCAGGAAGUAUUACUUUACUGAGAGGGUAGUGGAUGCAUGGAAUAGCAUUCCAGCUGAAGGGGUAGAGGUUAACACAGUAAAGGAGUUUAAGCAUGCGUGGGAUAGGCAUAAGACCAUCCUAACUAUAAGAUAAGGCCAGGGACUAAUGAAAGUAUUUAGAAAAUUGGGCAGACUAGAUGGGCCUAAGGGUUCUUAUCUGCCAUCACAUUCUAUGUUUCUAUCAAUGAUCCUCCUCUAAGCAGUGUAUAUCAUGCUAUCGAUGAUCCUUCUCUAUGCAUUGUAUAUCAGGCUACCGAUGAUACUUCUCUAAGGAGUGUAUAUCAGGAUAAUGAUGAUCCUCCUCUAAGCAGUGUAUAUCAGGCUACUGAUGAUCCUUCUCUAAGCAGUGUAUUUCUGGCUACCAAUGAUCCUCCUCUAAGCAGUGUAUAUCAGGCUAUCGAUGAUACUCAGCUAAGCAGCAUAUAUCAGGAUAAUGAUGAUCCUCCUCUAAGCAGUGUAUAUCAGGCUAUCGAUGAUCCUUCUAUAAGCAGUGUAAAUCAGGAUAACGAUGAUCCUUCUCUAAGCAGUAUAUAUCAGGCUACCGAUGAUCCUCCUCUAAGCAGUGUAAAUCAGGAUAACGAUGAUCCUUCUCUAAGCAGUAUAUAUCAGGCUACCGAUGAUCCUCCUCUAAGCAGUGUAUAUCAGGCUACCGAUGAUCCUUCUCUAAGCAGUGUAAAUCAGACUACCGAUGAUCCUUCUCUAAGCAGUGUAUAUCAGGCUACCGAUGAUCCUCCUCUAAGCAGUGUAUAUCAGGCUACCGAUGAUCCUUCUCUAAGCAGUAUAUAUCAGGCUACCGAUAAUCCUCUGCUAAGCAGUGUAUAUCAGGCUACCAAUGAUCCUUCUUUAAGCAGUGUAUAUCAGGCUAUCAAUGAUCCUUCUCUAAGCAGUGUAUAUCAGGCUACCGAUGAUCCUUCUCUCAGCAGUGUAUAUCAGGCUACCGAUGAUCCUUCUCUAAGCAGUGUAUAUCAGACUACCGAUGAUCCUUCUCUAAGCAGUGUAUAUCAGGCUACCGAUGAUCCUCCUCUAAGCAGUAUAUAUCAGGCUACCGAUGAUCCUCCUCUAAGCAGUGCAUAUCAGGCUACCGAUAAUCCUCUGCUAAGCAGUGUAUAUCAGGCUAUCAAUGAUCCUUCUCUAAGCAGUUUAUAUCAGGCUACUGAUGAUCCUUCUCUAAGCAGUGUAUAUCAGGCUACCGAUGAUCUUCCUUUAAGCAGUGUAUAUCAGGCUACCGAUGAUCUUCCUCUAAGCAGUAUAUAUCAGGCUACCAAUGAUCUUCCUCUAAGCAGUAUAUCUCAGGUUAAUGAUAAUCCUCUGCUAAGCAGUGUAUAUCAGUCUACCAAUGAUCUUCCUUUAAGCAGUGUAUAUCAGGCUACCGAUUAUCCUUCUCUAAGCAGUAUAUAUCAGGCUACCGAUGAGCCUUCUCUAAGCAGUGUAAAUCAGGCUACCGAUGAUACUCCGCUAAGCAGUGUAUAUCAGGCUACCGAUGAUCCUCCUCUAAGCAGUGUAUAUCAGGCUACCGAUGAUCCUCCUCUAAGCAGUGCAUGUGAGACUGUUGCCAGAGUUAGACUCGCCUAUAGAUAUUUUUAGAAUAGUCAAGAAACACAGCAGUUUACACAGGAAGGAGGAAAAUUAAAAAGCACCAAAAACUCAUUUUUAGUUUAAAAAUAGCAUACAUUGAUUGAUGUACUAUAAUGUAUCAAACGGUACAUUUACUUUAUGGUUUCUCUUUAAGUGACACCCCAACACCAAAAUCCAGUUGCGUCAUAAUGCUACUCUUUGCAAGGUGAGAUAGCUUUAAGAUCAAAGUAGUAACACCGAGAACUAUAAGAAUUAAUGAAUGUGCAAGAUGUAAAUGAGGCUAUCCUGAAUAAUAAAUAGUCAAAGUCACCUGAGAAUUCAUAAUGAACAGGUUACAUGAGCCAAGUGAUUCUUAGGCUUGAUUACAGUCUACUGUCUUCUUCAGGACAAGGUAUGAGUCAAAUCUCGAAUCUUGGUUUGAAUAGCAGUAAUUAACAAUAUGCAUAAUUUUUGGUGUCCUCUACAUCUGAAUAUAUUGCAGUGACAUAAUGUACUUAUAUAUCUGAAUUAUUUUUCUUUUUACAAAAUAUUUCUCACCAGUAAGGAUAUAUUGAAAUUUCUCACUUUUUUUUUCUUUCUUUUUUUUCUUUUUUUCUUUUUAUAGAGCAGUACAUUUAUCCAUGCCAAGUCUACUUUGGAAGUGGCAAAAUAUAAACUAAGGUCCCGGAACUUUAUGCUUCAUUCCGAGUUUUUCCAGCGAGUGAAACAGUUGCCAAUUGAAUAUGUCUAUGGAGAAUAUAGAGAACUCUUCAGGGACUAUGGAACUCACUUCAUUACUGAAGCCACUUUAGGAGGCACUUAUGAAUAUACCUUAAUUCUGAAGACUGACACCAUAAAAAAUGAAGGUACAUGUUUCUAUGUAUUAAAUUGUAAUAACAAGUGGAAUCUCAUGGUCUUAGAUUUCAAACAAAUGGUUACCCGAUUUUUUUACCCAACUUUAUGGCACUCGUUAACAAUGCCAGUAAUGAACUUGUAAGCCUAGGACAGUUUCUACAGUGUACUAACUAAAAAAGUAAUUUCUGUUUGUUUUUUUAUAUAAAAAUGAUAUACUAAUUAGAUGUUUCCAAUAGGUUAUUCGUUAAAUGAUGUACAGUCCUGUCUCCAGGCUGGAUUUACACUUGGAGGAAAUAUUAAAGGCAUUUGGGUUAGUGUCAGCAUGUCAGCAUCUGCAUGUAAUUCUCUUUUAAAAGAAAUUGGAGGUAAGUCAACUCAUGCUUAUGGAACAAAACUAACAAAUACAUAUUGAGACGUGUAAAAAAAAAAGGGAGGGUAGCUGAAAUUAGAAAAAUUCUCUUAUAUUGACUGAUAUGUGUCCAGGGCUGCACCUCUUCUGUGGAACUCCCUACCCUUCUCCUCAAGACUUUCACCCAGUCUCCAUCCACUCAAAAAAUCAUUGAAAACUCACUUCUUCAAUAAAGCACAUCAAUUAAACUGUUAGCAGGUUUUUAUCCCCCACCUCUCAUGACUCCUCUCCUGCAACUGUCAAAAAUAACUUACUAAGUCCUCAGUGAAUACUUUUCUAACAACGUACUUCGUACCCCUACUUUUACCCUUUGUGUCAUUAUACCCCACUCGCUCUAGAAUGUAAGCUCACUGAGCAGGGCCCUCCACCUCUCUGUUCCUGUAUGUCCAGUUGUUUGGUUACAAUUACAUGGCUGUUGGUCCACCCAUUGUACAGCGCUACGGAGUCUGAUGGCGCUAUAUAAAUAAUAAAAUAAUAAUAAAUAAUGUGUCACAAGAGCUGAGUGAUUUUAAACUUAAAGAAAGGACAAGUGGUCCCAAGUCCUAUAGUCCAUAAGACAUUCAUACAACAAGGAGCCGGGCUGCACGGAAUGUAACACCUUCUUAUCAUUCUUUAUUUUCUGCCUAUUGAAAAUUACAUCAAUUAAAAAUCAAAAAUACAAAUAAAUACAACAAGUCCACAUCCCUAUAUUUAUGGCAAAAGAACCUUAGUAAAAAAAUCUCAACUUUUUUUUUUGUGUAGAAUUUCAUACAUCCAUUUCUAUAAUGGUCUGAAAUUCUACUAUUGACUGAUAAUUAACUUUCAUUUCCUAGAUAUCAUAUCAUUUUAAUGUUGUGUUACAGACAAUUAUUCCACACAUAAGAUGGUGGAGGACUUUGUUGCUCUUGUUCGAGGAGGAUCAAGUGAGCAUAUAACAACCCUUGCUCACAAGAGUCUUCCAAACCCCGAUCUAAUGCAGGAGUGGGGUGACGCAGUCUACUAUAAUCCCGAGAUCAUAAAUACUAAGGUAUUACACAUUUUGUAUACAUAGUGAAUUAUAUUAUAUUAUGCACACAGGCAUCUUUUUUCAAUGUUUACUGUAGAGAAAUAUGAAUUAGGCCAGACUUGCAAAAACUGAAUUUAAAGGGACACUAUAGUCACCAAAACAACUUUAGCUUAAUGAAGCAGUUUUGAUGAAUAGAUCAUGCCUCUGAAGUUUAAGUGCUCAAUUCACUGCCAUUAAGGAGUUAAAUCACAUUUGUUUCUGUUUAUGCAGGUUUCAUUUCCAAUCAGAUAGUAACUUGCAUUACAAUUUUGUAUUAUCAGCUCUCUAAAUUGAACUUUAAUCACAUACAGGAGGCUCCUGCAGGGUUUUGCAAGCUAUUAACAGAGCAUAAGUUAAGAAAUGCUACAUUAAACAGAAAUUGCAAUAAAGGAAGUAUAAACAUUAGAUGACUCUUUACAGGAAGUAUUUAGGAAGGCUGUGUAAGUCACAUGCAGGGAGGUGUAACUAGACUGCAUAAACAAAGUGAUUUAACUCCUAAAUGGCAGAGAAUUGAACAGUGAGACUGCAGGGACAUUAUCUAUACACCAAAACUGAAUCAUUAAGCUAAAGUUAUAUUGCUGACGAUAGUGUCCCUUUAAUUCAUGUCUAAAAGUGAACCUUUCAUUAUUUGCAUAUGUGUGAUGGAUCAAGUGCUCUCUACAUGAAUUAUAAUAUAUUAUUAUAAGUAAUUAUUGAAUCUCUUAUCUUGAUAAAAUAAUCAGAAAACACAUAGAGGCUCAAUGGUAAACUAAACCUGAAUGUUGCAUCUGUGUCUCGGUUAUGUAUGGUAAGUACAUCCAUAUGCUUCUGCAAAACCAAGAGUAAUAUCCACUAGCAUAGAGCUAUAAUUUAAAACAUUAAAAUAAAUAUCCACUUUGUUAUAUUAAAUUGAUUAGUGCUCUUUUAGGACCAGCAGACUUUUCAGUACCAUAGAUUGGCAUUGUAGGUAUUAGUAGUUGGUCAUCUACAAUUUGAUAAGCAAAUCUGUGAUUUUGAUUGACAUACAUGGGCCUGAUCAGGAAUAGUAAUAGUAUUCGAUAACUAUCUGUAGCUUGGAUUGGCAUGAGAAAUAUAACAAUUAGUAGCCAUAGAAGUAGCCACAAUGCAGUUCUGCAUCAUUUCACCAUUCUUUGUGGUGUUCUAAUGCAAGUUCUAAUACAAGUCUUUUUCUCUGAAGGUAUCCCAUUGUUAAUCUACCAUAGUAGAUGCACAGAUAUGCCCACUUUUGAAAUUAAAUCUUGAUACCCUUAGUCACCAAAAGUGAGGUUGUUUGUGAACAGUUAUUCACCAGUAGAUUUCACUAAAAGAUAAAGUAUUCAAAAAAAAAAAUAUUUCUAGUUUCACUACUGGUAGGCAAGGUUGACUAUUUAAUAGAAGUGAAAUAGUACGGGUAGGUGAAAUGUGGCUCUAGCUUACAUGGGAGGUAUACUAUUAAGAAAUGAGAAAAAACUGGCUGAAUUUUGUAACAGAAUGACUAAACAAGCCAAUUGAUGCUCAAUUGUUGGUAUAACUGGGUAUAUAUGUCAGUCAUAGAAUUCAAAUUAUAGAAAUAUGGAAAGUGACGGCAGAUAAGAACCAUUCGGCCCAUCUAGUCUGCCCAAUAUUUUGAAGUACUUUUAAUUAGUCCCUGGCCUUAUUUUAUAGCUAGGAUAGCCUUAUGUCUAUCCCACGCAUGCUUAAACUUCCUCACUGUGUUAACGUCUACCCCUUCAGCUGGAAGGCUAUUCCAUGCAUCCACUACCCUCUCAGUAAAGUAAUACUUCCUGAUAUUAUUUUUAAACCUUUGUCCCUGUAAUUUAAGACUAAGUCCUCUUGUUGUGGUAGUUUUCCUUCUUUUAAAUAUAGUCUCCUCCUUUACUGUGUUGAUUCCCUUUAUGUAUUUAAAUGUUUCUAUCAUAUCCCCUCUGUCUCGUCUUUCCUCCAAGCUAUAAUUAUACGUAAGUUAAAUUUGUAUAGAAUACUGACGGGAGAUUGAGAAGGUUGCAGAAACACAUUGUAAACAUGUAAAUGGAUUUAAAAAAAAAAAAACAUGAAGCAGUAAAUGGUCUACUCUGUGAUAAUUUGCAGGUCAGUCCUUUGUAUGAGCUGGUAACUGUAGCAGAUUUUGCUGGAGCCAUCAAUCUGCGAGAAAACAUGAAACGUGCACUCGAAGAGUUUCAGCUUGAGACCAGUACUUGCCGUUGUGUUCCCUGCCAAAACAAUGGGAUACUUAACUUCAAGGGUAAAAUUUAAUUGAAUCUAAUAGUACAUUCAUUUUACACCAAAAUAGCCCAUCUGGAAGCUCAGCUAACUUUAGUCAGUAACCCUGUAAAUAAUGUUUUAUAUAUUUUGAGUAUGAAAAAAAUUUGACAAAUAUUUGUUUUGUGCAGAAUCUCGCUGUGAGUGUAUAUGUCCUUCUGGGUUUCAAGGUACAGCUUGUGAAAUCACCAAAAGACAAGGUAAAUAUGUUGCUAAAUAAUACAGGUUUGUUAGUUAUUCCUCAGAUCAUCAUGUUUUUCUUCCAAAGAUGGGAAAUGAAAGCAAACCUACUUUAAUUUGUUUAAUACUUUCAACUGAGUGUUUUUCCAACAUUGGAAUAACAUGUACAUUUACCAAAUUAGUCAAUCUGGGAACCCAAACCAUAACAAAGUUUUGUUGUCUUUUAUAUUUUUUUGGAGGGAUGUGGUUUACUAACCAGUAUUACCAACUUUUUUAAACAGUAUGUUUUUGAAGCAUAGCUAAGAGCCUUACUGAAUUCCUGCUCCAGAGGCCCACACUUUAUUAGGUUCAGAUCAAAGGUAGAAUUGGGCAUUGCUGGGAUUUGGUUGUGCUAAGUGUUGCCUUAUGGUACCCCCAAGCCCUGAGUAGAACUGUGCUCUGGAUGUCUAACGAUCAUUUCACCAAAUCCCUAGCCUCCAAGGGAAGUCGGAAGACUUAAUAUUAUAAGUAGAAGAUAGUACAGUAGGUUAGUUUUAGUUUAGUUCUACAAGGCACUAAAUAAUGCUUGCUAGGUCGACCAUCAAAAGAAAGAUAAUUACAAGCAAUUAAAAAAGUAUCAGAACCCAAAACCCAAUUACACUACCGCAUAUCUGAUCACUAACCGUAACUUAACUCUUUUCAGUUAACUUGGUGUUAAACUGGUAGAAAAUGUUUUCACAAUUAUUGGAGGGACUGUGCCAGGAGACUCCAAUCACUAUAACCAGUUCAAUAAGACGAAAUGGUUAUAGUGCCUACAAACUGUUCAUCUUUCUUGAAUGUAAAACCAACAGUAGGCUAAAAAUGGUUUAUUAAUUUCUCUCUAAUACUAAAACAUUGUAAAAUACAACAGAAUUGCAAUGAAGUAAUGAUUAAAAAAUGCUUGUAUUAGGCCUUGACUGGCCAUGGGGCAACUUUUAUUUUCUCCCAUCUGCCCCCCACAGCAUACCUUCCUACACAUACACACACUGCCCCCCUUACCCCUACUUUCCCUAUACACACUAUGCCCCCUAUAGACACACACUCUCUCAUUUUCUAUACCCCUAACUGACUGAGACUGACCUAUUUACCAAAAUACUACACCACAAUCAGCUCACUCUACACACACACACAAUCUCCAAACACAUGCUCGAUAGGCUUUCCUGGCCCUUUUGUCCUCCGGUAUCCCACUUAUGGAGACAUCAGAAACAAGUCACAAGCAAAAACAGCACAAGCAAGUAAUUCAUUUUACUUAUGCUGUGCAGUACUAAUACAGGGCUGUUUUCUAAUGCAAGAGUUCUUCAGCAGGGCUCUGCACAUCGUCUGCCCUGGAAGAGUAUUGAACCAACAUGCUCACUUUGAGAGGGGACAUGCUUGUCACUGGUGAAGACAAAACACCACCUCUCUGGCCUCGCCACCAUCUCACUGGGCCACAGUGAUUUUUUUUUUAAAAAUAGGCGGGCCACAUUUUUUCCCCAGUCUUUUCCUGGCUUGUUUGAUGGCAUUAGAGAAAAAUAUGUUUAUUGUGCAUUUAGGACUUGAUAAAGUGCUUUGUAAACUAGCCUUCAGGACAAAUUCCAGCAACUAACAGAGCAGGAGAUGACUAAGAAUGUAUUACAUUGAUUCAAUAUUUUGUGAUGUAUGGUUUGCUGUCUUGCUUUUAGUCAGUGCUGUAGAUGGAAACUGGGGCUGUUGGUCCAGCUGGACACCUUGCAAAAGUAGAGAGAAGACAAGACAGCGAGUGUGCAACAACCCGAGUCCACAGAACGGCGGCCAACAGUGCAAUGGUGCAAGUGCCGAUGCAAUAAACUGCUAAAUGUAUCAUGGCUCUGCAUGUAUUUUAUUUAGACAGAGGAAGCCCUUUCUUGAAAGAUUAUAUUCUGUAAAAUAGAUUUGUUUAACUCCUUAAGUCAUUUACAUGCAAUUUAAAAAAUAUUCAUUUGCUCUACAAAAUGUUUAGUAAAAAUCAAAAUGUUGUCACUUGUUGUCCAGGAAAAGUGAUGCUUUGCAAAAAAGAUGGGGUCCUUAUUGAUGACCAGGCAAAUACCUCAAUUCAAUAAGCUUUCCCAAUCAUUUAGUACUGUCAGAAAAAGUCUCUCAAUCAUUUAUCUACAAAAGUUACCAUAUAUAUUAAGGGUGAGUUCUGUAGAAAAAUCAUUUGGAAUAAUUUUUUUUUUUUUUAACAGUAAUGAAUCAAUUGAAAAGCUUAAUGAAUCGAGUCCAACAAAUGAAAAGAAGUGAACAUUCAUCGGGCUUAACUAUUGGAAUUAUCAAGAAAUAGGACUGAAACUGGUCCGUCCAUAUGUUGUAAUAAAUUCCAAAGAUUAAGUCCGACGAGAACUCUCUUCUUUUCAUACUUUACAUAUAUAUAAACUACGAAGCAUAUUUUUUUAGUUGUUUCAUCAUCAUAUACAUGUUGUACUGGGUGGAAUUUAGCAAUUAAGAUGUUUGAAAAUCUGUGUUCAGCAGUACAAAAUCUGGAAAUCAUUUUGAAAAAUAACAAACAUUUAUCACAUUUGUAAAGUGAGGUCACUGUUUUUUUCUGGAUAUUAAAUAUAGUGCAUACUUGUUAUAUUUUUGUGUUUUGUAUAUUUUUAUUUAAGUUUGCAUUUUUUCUUAUUGUUCUACAGUGACUCAUUUAAUCAGUCACACGAUUUACCCACUGGAUGGUUAGCAUGUGACAUUUGGGUAUUUUGCCUACAAGAAUAUAUGCACAAAGCUAUACCUUCAGGCAUACUCCAAUGAACAGGGCAUAAACAACUAACAUUAAAAUGGCAAUACCCUUUACUGCAUUAAAAAAUCCAUUCAUCAUGAUCCCCUGUAGACUGAUGUACCUCGACUUUUGCCUCCAAGCAUGGAAUAAAAUGAUGCCACUUUAAUAUGCAGGACCUUGGCCAGAUUAUAAAAAUAAAAAAAAACACACCUAAACUCCAGAAAUAGAACGGUCAGCAUACUUACAUAAUCAUAACAAACACUGAAUGGUUUAGUAGUAAGUACACAUUUUUAAUACUUUGUAGGGCCCCUUUGCCUCAGAACAGCAGGAAUAAUUUGUGGCAUGAAUCCAACAUUAACACUGAUGAACUGACAACUGCUGAAAACGUUUCUUGGUUUCGGAGGUCUAUGUUGGUAUUAUAGCAUAAAGUUGUUACUGUAGAUUUCUCAGCUGCACAUUUAUGCUGUGAUUCUCCCAACCACAAGUUCUCUAUGGUGCUACGAUCUGGUGUCUGUAAGGGUCAUUGGAAUGUGCAGAACACAAUGUAAUUUCCAUGGAAGCAGCUUGAAAAGAGUUGUUUGGAAGUAGUCAUUAGAAGAUGGGUAGACUGUGGUCGUUUGAGCAACAAUAACCUGGUAUUGAUGUGUGCCAGGAAAAUAUGCCCCACUCCAUUGACAAACUAUUGAGACAGUUGGCCACUUUUGAGCCCCCCCCGAGGAUGGCGGUGGGCAGCGGGCAGCGAGGGAGCAUACUCACCUGAGCUCUUCCUGCUCAGAUCCCACCGCGCCGCUUAAUGAAGCCAGAAUAUGACAUCAGACCGGCUCCCGGCAUCACUAAGCAGAGCACGAGGGAGCUGAGCAGGAAGAUUAGAGCUCCCUCGCCACCUACCCUGCCUGUCUGCCCCCUGCUUGUCUGCCCAGCAGCCCUGUGUUGGGAGAAAUGUGUAUGUGUGUAUGUGUCUGUAAGUGUGUCUGUAAGUGAAUGUGUGUCUGUAAGUGUGUAUGUGUGUGUGUCUGUAAGUGUGUGUCUAUGUGAGUGAAUGUGUGUGUGUGUGUGUUUUGGUCAGUGUGUGUCCAAGUGUAAGUGUGUGUGUGUAUAUAUGUCAUUGUUUGUCAGUAUAUAUGAGAGUGUGUGUCUGUCAGUGAGUGUAUGCGUCUGUCAGUGUGUGUCCAAGUAAUAGUGUGUGUAUGUCAUUGUUUGUCAGUGUAUAUGAGAGUGUGUGUCUGUCAAUGAGUAUAUGCGUCUGUCAGUGAGUGAGUGUGGCCUUGACAGGAAGGGGUGGGGAAAAUUUUAAUUUGGGGGUGGCAGCACAAAUCCUAAAUACACCACUUGCCUUACUACUAAAACAAGAGAAAAGCUUAAUUUUGAUAGUUUUACAAAAAUUGGCCCAAGAUAUGAAAAUUUCCAUUCCUACAAAAGAUUGGUAUGAUUCAAUGAUUGUUCCAAAGAAGAAUAUUCAUUGUUUAAAUCUAAUUGAACUCGAAUUUAAGUUACUUAAUAGAUGGUAUCUAACUCCUCAGAAAAUGAAAAAGAAAUAUCCAAACAACAUCUGCUUGUUGGAAAUGUGGAAAACAGGAAGCAGACUUUAUGCAUUAGUGGUGGACAUGCCCUGUUAUCAGGGAACUCUAGAGAGAGGUCCAAAUUUAGUUGGAUAAAAUAUUGGAUUACAACAUAACUUUUACACCAGAAACUGUGAUUCUACAUUUAAAUCUUCUUAAAAACAACAAACAAACCCUUAAAAUUAUUGCUUCAUGUUUUCACAGCAGUGAAAAUAGUAAUAGCAAGGAAUUGGAAAAGCCCAAAUAAACCAGACUGGCCCACAAUUAAAGCCCAACUCAAAUACCAAUUGAAUAUGGAAAAAGAUAUAAAAACUUCAAUAAACGUAAAAGGUAAUUUAAAUGGUUUAUGAGAAAAAUGGAUAGAAAAAUUGGAACUUCUUUAAUCGAAUUUGAUUCAGAAGUGGGGACCGCCCUGCACGUACAAAAAACUGAACCUUCUCUAAUACUUCUUCCUCCCUCUAGUAUCUACAAUAUCACACUCGGUUAUUUACUCAUUAAUUAUUUAUUAAUUUAUUUAUUUUAGUUUAGUUUUUUUAUUACUUGUUCUUUUUUCUUCCCUAUUUUUGUUUUGUUUGUCCUGUGAGGGUUAACCCCUUAAGGACCAAACUUCUGGAAUAAAAGGGAAUCAUGUCAUGUGUCCUUAAGGGGUUAAACAUCAACACAAAGAAAUAUAUGAGCCGUUAUUAGAUCAAAAGCUUAUACCUAUAUGAUGUCUAACUUGCUUAGUUCACUUUUUAUAAAUACUUUAAAUGAUGACCACAUGUGUUACGAACAUAUGAUUUGUAAUGAUUGUUUUAAUCUGUAUAAAAUCAAAUAAAG